GUUAGGUUAUGUUUGUGUUUGUUUAAAUCAAAGUUAUGCGUUAAUUUUUAUAUAAUUAUGGCUCUCCAGUGUUGGAAACUAAUACGCCUUGUAAGGAACGCUGCAUUAAUUCCGCGGAACGUCAAUUGUCAUACAGAGGCAUUGCAAAACAAAGUUAUGAAACGUAAAGAAUACCGAACAGAAAAUAAUUUCAUAUAUUUGGAAGACCCAGACACUUUUGGCACUCUUGCCGGUAAAAAAAAUCACGAAGUUCUCCUGGAAGAUGAAGGAGAUAUUAAGGAAGAAAAGUUUUUGAAAGAUCGACCACUCAAAUCCCAGAUUCUGACAACAAAACAGUAUGCUGAUUUGAUUAAGCAGUAUUUGGAACGCAAAAGAAUAAAAGAAGCUAUAGACGUUUUAGAGGUAAGAAUGCUGAAGGAAGAUAGGGCGACACCUGAAAACUACAUUUACAACAUACUAAUCGGGGCUUGUGCUGAUGUAGGAUAUACUAAGAAAGCCUUCAAACUAUUCAAUGACAUGAAGCGACGGGCCUUGAAGCCCACUGGUGAUACAUAUACAUGCUUAUUUAAUGCCUGUGCUAAUAGUCCAUGGCCUGAAAAUGGUCUUAAACAUGCCCAGCAUCUCAGAACACUUAUGAUUGAGAAGGGAAUAGAACCAAACUUAACAAAUUACAAUGCUAUGAUCAAGGCAUUCGGUCGGUGUGGAGACUUACCAACAGCUUUUCAAAUUGUUGAUGAAAUGAUAUCAAAGAAAAUCAAAAUAAGAGUGCACACAUUUAACCAUCUACUACAAGCCUGUAUAUCUGACAACAAUAGUGGUUUAAGGCAUGCACUGGUUGUUUGGAGGAAAAUGUUGAAAAUGAGGGAAAAACCAAACAUAUUCUCUUUUAAUCUGAUGCUGAAAUGUGUUAAAGACUGUCAAUUAGGCACAGCACAAGAAAUUCAUGAAUUAAUUGGAAUAAUUCAGGACCAUAUCAUACCAAAUACUGUGAUAUUGAGUGCAGUUCAGAACAAUUCAAGCCUUGAAGCUGGGAACAGGAAUGCCAAAAGAAAACAAUUACCAGAAAAUCAUACUGUUGAUAACAACAAAAAAGAUUUAGAUAUAAGUUAUGAGGUUCCAAAUACUGAUUUAAAAGAAGAGGCAUUAUCUCAUACAGAAAAUGAAGAUAUGCCUAUAGAAAUUGUGAACAAGAGUAUACAAACAUUGCCCAAAAUUGAUGAAAGAACAUCACCUAAUCUCCUUUCCAGGUCAUUAAAAAUGGAGCAGGUGCUAGCAUUAAAGGAAAUUCAGUCGGUUCAAGACAAAUUUGCUGUUGUUGGUGGGCAAGAUGAUUUUCUAAAGGAAAUGGCAGUUUACUCUGUGAAGCCCGAUAUAAAGACAUUUACACAAAUGUUGCCAUUGUUGGAAGAAACGAAAGAAGCAGAACUAAAACUACUUGAAACAAUUAAAUCUUCUGAUGUCAUAGCUGAUAUAGAUUUUUACAACAUGCUUAUUAAGAAGAGAUGUCUACGAUCAGAUUACAUUGGUGCUUUUGAAAUAAAAGAAAUGAUAGAGAAUGAGACAAAACGGCGUAAAAGGAAGUAUGGCCUCAAGAAGAAAUAUGAACUAAAGAAGAACAUCAUGACAUAUGGGGUGCUGGCAAUGGCUUGUGAUACUAAAGAAAAAGCGGAAUGUCUCCUUGUUGAAAUGAAAGAAGAACAACUUAAGGUGAACAUAGAAAUUCUGGGCAGUAUGUUGAGGCAAGGUACUGUGGCUUGCCAGUUUGAGUACAUAACAUACAUAAUGAAAUAUGUAAAGGACGAAAAUUUAAAACCGAAUGGAUUAUUUAUCAAACACCUGGAAUCUUUUAUCGAAAAGUGUACUGAUAAAAUGCAAAAGACCGCGAAGGGCAGUUACAAAUGUUCUCCAGAGUUUGUGAAAUCCUUCAAGAAGUUUGCAGACCACUACAAUAAAUGGCUGAAGCAAUUUGACAUAGACUCUACUCUUGCAGAAGAGCACCCUUGGAAACAGUUCCAGGAACCAUAUCCAGAGACCGUGCAGCAUCAGAACUUUACCAUCAAGGAACCGAAGAGGUUUUUCAAGCGGGACAGGAAAUUUUUUAAAUAUACGUCAAAACUGUGAUCAAAUAAAACAUGAGUUGUA